AUGACUGUGCUGGUGUCAGCGGUGUGGACGCCCGGGGCGCCACCACCACAGCGCGCGGGCGAAAGUGGGCCCACAUCAGCCACUCCGCCUGUGCCGCCACCACCACCCAUUUGGACCCCCAGCAGUGCCACGGCAUCACCCCAGACGCCGCGAAAAACCUUCCGCCCUGUCCACUUUGAGGAGUCGCCGCCUGCCCGUCGGAAAUUUGAAAAUACGGAACAGAACGGAUGUACCAGCGGUUCAGAGAGUGACAGCCGGCUUCGAACCUCACACAGCGCUCCCCUUACAGGGCUGAACUCGCUGGGUGCUAGCAGACUGCCGAAAGCCCAGAACCCGACUGUUACCUUACUUCAAAAAGCACGAGAAGGACAAUUGUCACGCACAAUAAGCCACCAGCCACAAGAAAGUGACUCUCGUCUACCACGAGACAGGCCAUCACCACCAUUCGGAGAUCCUAUUCACGCUCUGCGCCGUGGCUACGCGAGUGAAGGCGAGGGAGAGAGGCGAGAGCAAGACAGCGCACGGAAGAUGGCAGAUGCGCAGAAAAAAGUCGAAGGAAUCGGACCAAUUACAAAAGACGGCAUGCCUGUUACACUAAGAUCGGAAGUCAAGGACCCUUCAAGGUGGUACAAAAAAAUGUACGACACAAUACACAAAAAUAAAUACGACAACGAUUAUGUGACAAUACGUUACAAAAGCCGUCGAGACGAGCCACAAAGAGUGAGCAGUAGUAGAUCCCAAUAUGCCUAUUUCGAUCCUCGAUCGGGUUACCUCAGUGAACCAGAAGGUGGUCUCAGUAGGCUCACCUCGGGAACAUGGAGCGACGCGUACGACAGUGACGUCACCACCGGUCAGAGACGACGUACGGCUUCCGUUCAAGAGGAGAGGAGGAACGAUGUCUCUUCUUCGUAUCUAUCGAAUAAUAAGUAUAGCACAUUGGCAUCGACGAGAGCCAGCCAAGAAGUAUACAAAUCUCAGCCCGGAAAAAUCGAGAACUAUACCCCCGGGAAAUCGUCAGUGGUAGACAAGGAAGCCAAACAGUGGUGGGACGAGGUCAUGGACAUUUUUGAUGGGCAAAACAUAUCAAGUACUACAUCACUGCCACCGAAGGAGAAAAGGGAUAUCACCUCGACAAUUUUGUCCAAAUCGAAUAUGGCUAGGGCUUUAAAAGAAUCUGGUUACGAAUCGGAUUCAACAUUAGUCUUUAAACGUCGUGAAGAUACGGAGGCGCCGUUAUCGCCAGCGGAGCGCCGAGCGGCCUACAGAGACCUGCAAGCUGGGGGCGAACCCCCGUUGAGAGGUUUCAGAUCCCCCGCACCGCCCAGGACUGAGGAAUCUGAAAUUGAAUAUAUUCCAAUAAGUGCGACGUUAACGAAAAUCAGAGUCCAUAAAAGGUCACCGAGUGUACACGAAGUCGUAUGCUAUCCGGUUACAAAUAUUGAAACUAACUUUUAUGGCAAAUCCGUAAAACAUUCGAGAGAUGCAGAAAUGCCACCUCCUCCACCUCGAAGAAUUUCAUCUAGAAGUAGCCGAACACUUCAACUUAUGACCUGCGAAAAAAUGAAAAGUACGUCGCCGAAGCGAGUUUCAACAAAUGUAGAUCUGAUGAAAGAGAAAAUUACCAAUAAGUUAAAUAGACAAAAUACACAUGUUAUACUUAAGAAACCGUGUUCAAGUACCAUAAUAAAUAAUCAAAGAAGAAAUACUUCUACCUCAGCUCCUCCAGCUUUAAACAGAUAUGUUAGUAAGAAUUUACCUGCAUCAACAGCAAAAUUAAAAACUGAUAUUGGGCGCAAACCUGUAGGUACAAGUAGCUUCAGUUCACCAAGAAAAACUAUAGCACCUACAGAAUAUGCUGUGCCAUCACGUAGCAAAUAUAGAGAUGGUUCUUCUUCUGUAGUAAUAGAAGGUGGUGUGGGAAGGAAGACUCCUAUUACGAAUAUAUUGGACAAAAUGACUCCCCUUGACAAACUAUGGGGCUCCCAAAAACGCAAUGAACAAAUAGACUUAACAAAAUUGAAAUAUAAGCAAUGGGAUAAGAAUAAAACUGGUCAAUCAAAAUCAACAAUUAUUAAACCGUCAGCCAGCUCAAGUAGACCAGUUUUAAUAGGUGUGCCACACAAGAGUAGAGAUAUGAUUCGUACUUCUGAAAAAGUUCAAAAACUAAAAUCAAUUACUCACGCUCAAUCAACGCCUUGCUUAUCAAAUAAAAGAGACGACCGACAAAGUAAAAAUGACAUGAACACACGAGCUAAUGUUUCAAAAUCUUCUUACAACAUUUGCUCCAAUUCAAAAAAAAGUCCAAAUAUAAAAAUUGCUGUAGUAAAUAAUUUGAAAAAGAAGAAAUCAAUAGAAACUCUUGUAGUAAAACCAAAAGUGGGACAAACUGAAAGUUCUAAAAAUAAAACAAAAUAUCAAAAGUCUUUGAAGGGCAGGAAUAAAAAUGAUGAAUGUAAUGUAGAUAAAAAAGAUUAUGUGUCGGAAUUUCAUGGUCAAUUUGGGGAUGAUUUAAGAAAUAAUAAAUUGGUUGGUAAAACUAUAAAUUGUAAAGAAAUUAAAUAUACACGUGAAGCUAUUAUUUCUGAUUCUUUUUUCCAACAUCUUUUUUUAAAAAGCGCUGUAUCUCCAAACCUAGCAAUUUUGGAUGAAAGUAAUAAAAGCGCUGUAAAGGAAAAGACAAAAUUCUUUCAAUCUAAUCCUAACCCCGAUAAUUAUCAUACACCAAAUGCGUUAAAUACAUAUUUAAUACAUCGGAAGCCGGUCUCUCUAUCAAGAUUUAUAAUGUGGGACAGAAACCCUAGUCCGUUAGGAAUUCAAAAUCUUAGAUCAAUAUCAUGGCCUGGUAGAAUGGAUGGAAACAUAAAAAAGUUUGAAAGUUUAGUUCAACGUGGAAACGAAUUUGGAUCUACGACUUCGUUAUCGUCAGUGAGAAGUAAAAGUGAACCACCGUCAAAUAAAUUAUACUUUUCUCAAACAUCAAGACCAAAAUCUCCUGUAGUUGUUUUUUAUAAAAAGAAUAAUGAUGAUCGUUUAAAAACUAUUUCUGUCUACAGACCUCCUCCUAAAAUUAUAUGUAAUCAGUCACAAUCAAUUCCUAUUGGUGUCGGUAAUUCUACAAUAUCAGAAAGAAAUGGUUUGGAAAUUGCUCGAUCUAGUUCACCGAUAGCCUUAAAAUACAACAAACAGGAACAUCAAUUUAAUGAUAGCAUUGGCAAUUCAGAAAUUCCAUCAACAAUUUAUUUCUCGCAAACAUCAAGACCGGUUUCUCCAAAAGUAGUAAGACAUAACACUUCUACCACAAACAGAAGUCACUCAACUUCCCCUGUUUCUAUUAGAUCACCAUCCUAUCGUAGAAUAUAUAACGUUAAGUCACAACACAGACCUGUUGUGGGAGCUUUAAGGCCGCGAAGCGUAGACAGCUCAGAGAAAACACCCAUCAUUCCUCCGCUUAUAUCAAAGUCAAAAAGCGAUUUGAUCUCACAGUGUAAUGACCCAGAAUACGAAGAAUAUAUUAGUGACAUACAAAACUUAAAGAGGAGAUCUGAAAGAUUUCGUGAGCUUAAUAGAUAUUAUUCUUACUUAGAGCGAGUUGGUGAACUUGAAAAAGCUACCUCUAUAAAUGAUUUACACCACAGGAAAAGAGAUGAAGAAAUAAUUGACUUUGAUCGAUGGAAAAAAAUUCGUUCUAUUGAAAGAGCAGAAGAAGAGCUGAACAAUUUAUACGAGAAGUUGAAGACUGCCCAAAAUGAAAAAGAUUUCCUUUUCUAUCCUAGAGACGUAAAAGAUUUUAGAUGGAAUUGCGAUAAAGAAAGAGGUCUAAAAAUAAAAGAAAAAUCAGUAGAAGAUCUUAAAGAUGAUUUUUUGCAAAAAUCUUCCUGUUCCCAUGAAGUAAAACAGACACGUAACAAAGAUACCUAUAAACCUCUUUGGAGAGGAACAAGCGUUGCUGAAACAGCGUUUGAUAUAAAUAGGAAAAAUAAAACGGAUCAUUCAACAAUGCAGACUACCGUUAGUAAAAUCAUUUCAAGUCAACAUAGAGAUUUAUCGCUUGGAGACCUAAGAAAAAAGAUAGGUAUUGGUAAUCGUCUGUGGAGCAGUUUAUCACUGGACCAAGUAAACGCUCUUAAAAAUCAACUUAAUGCUAUUUAUAGUAAAGAAUUAGACUUAAAAAAUAAAAAAGAUCUUGAUACAUUUUCAGUGGAAGUAAAAGCAAUCGAUAAGAACUAUAAUUCUAAUUUACACGUUCGGUCAAAUUCUUUAACAACAAACCAUACUAAUACUUCCGAUGUGAAAAAAAUUAGUAAAUCCGAUUCAAUAGCUGCAAUCUGUCCUACACCCACCGAAAAAGACUUCAAAAAUAAUGUUAACAAAAUACAAAUGACGCUUAGUGAAAAUGAUAAAAGAAGAAUUUCCCAAACAAUAAGUAAAGAAGUGAUAAAGCGAAUUAAAGGAGACACAAAAAAUACAACAGACAGCCUAAUUAACCGUACAGAUAACGAUUGUACUGGUGACAUUCCAAGUGUUGAUAAUAGUAGGCACAUCGUUUACAUCUCUGACAAAGAUGAGCCCCCGUCUUCAGCUAGUGAAAAUGACACUGGUGGUUCAGAUGUAUCACAUACAACUGUUAUCUACGUUGCGCCUAAGCGGGAAGUUCAAAAAAAGGUCGAAUAUUUUGAGUCAGUCAGAAAUAAUGCCAGUAAAAGUACAGUCCCAUGCAAUACAAAUGAAUAUGACACGCAGAAAAGUACCAUCAUUGGAGAGACUGCAAAUCGUCAGAUAUCGCAGUCUCAAUCAUGCACAGACAUUAAAGAACUUUUUGGGGAAAGCGAAAAGAAUAAAUUUCUAUCGUUGCCAUCGAAACCCGAGCUAUAUUCGAGAUCGCCUUCGCCUUACUCGGAAGUAUACUUAAACGAUCGACGUACGCCCGACACGCUACGGUUCUCCAGCGAGGAGACAAUCUGGCGGAGUCGAAGUCCGUCGCCCGAUCCGGAACGAUACUGGCGCGCUUACCUAAAGCUGGCGCGGGCUGGGGAAGUUCGUCGUCUCGCACGGCGUUUCGAGUCACCCACCGUGGCGGGCGCUCUAUUACGUCGCCAUCGUAGCGACCCCGAAAUUAGUUGCACGGAGCUAAAAAACUGCCUGUGUACUGAUAGAUCGACUAGCCACAAAGAAAGAUGCAAAACUUCAUACACCGUAGCGCGCGUUCCACUUAGAUCUACCAAUCGCUUUAUGCCUCAUAUAGAUAUAAUAUCGAAGCUAGCCGCUUUGAGAAGACGCACGGCACCCCGAUCGCGAUCAGCCGAAGAAGCUUUGGAAUGUCGCCCGGGCGAAGUAGACCGUAUACGAAAACGAUUCGAAGUAAUGUCCCUUCUUGGACAAAUAUACUCUUCCGCUCCCGAUGUGAGCGAGCUAAAGGACAUUGCGCCUUAUUUAGAAGGAUCUUGGAUAGCCCAUAGAUAUCCGAAAGUCAGUGACAACAACAGAUCUGUUAUUGAUCCAAAAACUUACGUUCGAGGUCGGUUGUCACCGGUAAAGAGAGAGGUUAAAAUACCAGUAGCCAGAGACCCGUUGAAAUUGAGUUCUAUUCUUAAAAGCGAUACUAUGGAGGGACAAAAAUUUGACCCGUCCGUUCACCGACCAGUAAGCCGCUAUGAACCACCCCGAACCCCACCUAGACCGCCGCCAGCCGAGUGGCCUUACAAGCUAGCACCCCUUGUCACGCCAUCGCGACAUACCGUCACAUUUCAAGAAUCUGACUCUGCUCCGGAGCCGCCAAGAAGAAUGCAGCACGGCAGCAUCUCGGAUUCAGGUAAGAAGUAG